UGGCGACCAAACGUACUCUGAAGAGACCGUAUGCGACUCAAGAGGUCUCGAGGAAUAAUAGUCCUUGAACGUUUCAAUUCGUUAGAUUGCAAAAUUGUGACUUGUAACCAGUUCUUGUGAGAUUGUUCUAGCAGAAAUUUGGUCAACAUGGGAAGUGGGUCCUCGAGGUCGAACAGUGCAGACAAGCCUCAGAAUCGUGAGGGUAUUGUGAGUGACGUGGACGAGGACGAGUUUUUCAGUCGUCAUCCUUCAAAAUCAGGAGCCACAACCCCAUCCAAGUCACCUUCGUACUACGAGAAUCGUCAUGGUCGACGAGGCGUGUCCCCGCCCCCUUUAUCCAUUCGAUCCGUGGGAGCCUCGAUAUCAGGUUUGACCACGAGAGAGAACUCUCGACCCAACUCAGCUGAGCUCAAGCUCAAGAAUAUGCGUCAGAAAUGGGCCACGGAGACCUCAAAAAGGAUCCAUGUUGUGGUUCGCGUGCGACCCCUCAACUUCCGAGAGAUCAAGGAAAAUGCCAAGGACAUUGUGUACAUGGACGAGAUCAAUAAUGAAUGCACCAUCUUAAUGCCAAAGCCGUCGAAAAUGAUCCAACAAAAUGGAGGGAGUAGCCACAAGUCCAUUACGUUCUCUUAUGACAGAUGCUACAAUGCCAAUGCGACCACAUCACAACUAUAUAAUGAGAUCCCGUACUCUUUAGUCCAAGGCGUCCUGGAAGGGUACAAUGCCACGAUUUUGGCUUACGGUCAAACUGGCUCGGGAAAAUCAUUCACAAUGCAAGAGGACCCAGAGCACAUCGGCAUUAUUCCCAGAGCUAUUGUGCACAUCUUCGAUGGCAAAGAGGCUGAUGAAGAUAAGGACACGGUCUACUUUGUCCACGUCUCUUAUGUGGAGAUCUAUAACGAGGAGAUCCGGGAUCUUUUGGGCGACAAUCCAACACGAAAGCUAGACAUCAAAGGCAACAACGGAGCGAUUCAAGAUUUGACCAUGCACCACGUGCAAACCGUUGGUCAUUGUGCGGAGCUACUUCGCAAAGGUAUUGCCAAUCGGGUGACCUCGGCCACAACAAUGAAUGCUCACUCCUCACGAUCUCAUGCCAUUUUCACGGUGUGGCUCAAAAUUCAAACCCGAGAUCCAUCCGGUUCCACUCAACAGACCAAGGCCAAACUUAACCUCGUGGAUCUGGCUGGAAGUGAACGGCACGGGAAAACAGGGAUCAGUACAAACAGUGGCCAUGCUUUCAAAGAGAGCAAGAGCAUUAAUCUGUCUCUCUCCACUUUGGGCAAGGUGAUCCAAGCUCUUUCGGUGGAAAACCCGGGCCAUGUUCCAUAUCGAGAGUCCAAGCUCACCCGCUUAUUUCAGGACUCAUUGGGUGGCAAUGCUCGGACCAUGAUGAUCGCCUGCCUGUCCCCUUCAGACAGCAAUUAUGAGGAGACUGUUAGUACCUUGAAAUAUGCUCAUAACACCAAGUUCAUCAACAAUAAGCCGGUUGUCAAUAUUGACAAAGACCCCAAGGACGCUCUUAUUCGAGACCUUCAAUAUGAAAUUCGAGCACUCAGGAAUAGAUUAGACCAUUGAUGAGUUCGACCACUUUGAGAGUGGCAUACCUGUGAACGCAAUAAAGUAUUCAAAUAUAAAGUCAACAAAUAUAUGUUUACAGAAAAAAAACGCUCAAUCGAUAUUCUCUUCUGCUAAUGCAGGAUGCCUCUAGACGGUAGCUCAUCGUAAAGUCUCGUUCUCUGGCACAUAUAUACUGAGGGUAAAUUGAGUCAAUCUUGAUGUCAGAAGGGAAAAGUUAGCCCGCAUCUCUGAAGGAACUCCGAGA